ACUAGUUUGUAUAAAUCACUUAAUCAGGAAAUACCAUCACGAUUGACGGCGAUGAAUGAAUCAUAAAAUUAAACAAAUACUCAGAAUGUCAUAGGUUAAAAUUCGCCAGACGUUGAUAUAUUAAGCAUGUUAAACAUGGCGGCGUCAGGCGAUGAAGUUCCGGAUAAUUUUUGUUUGCCAAAACAAUACGACAGUGUGCAUUUGCAGUAUCUAGGACCAACUGUCAGGAGAAAGAUUUCUCUGUAUCUCAAUUUAGAAGGCCAGUUUAAUGAACACGCGGAAAUGAUCAAUAAUUUUCUAGGUUUAGCAGAGCUGGUCGGAUUUUCAUACCUGGAAAUAAGUAACUUCGAACGUCAGAAGAGUCCCACAGAACAGCUUCUGCAAGACUGGACAACAAUGUCAGAUCUCCAGCCCACUGUUGGGAGGUUGUGGGAAUGUCUCAAGAAACUCGAACGGUUUGAUGUGCUCACAGAUACAUGGCAUUUAAUCAGAAGAGAUUGUGAAAAAUGUUUGGAGAUCAAAUCACGGUUGCCAUCAAAACCCAUUCAGUCAAGUGUUGUUUCCGCCACAGAUGACGACCUUAUAUCUGAAAGAGACAACUCUACUGUUCAUGAUGUGGACGAGGGUCACCCAGUCAUGUAUGACGCGUUUGUCUGCUACAACCCUGACGGGAAGGCAGACCUUGACUUUGUGCACAAACUGAUCACAGAGCUGGAAGGCAAGCAUGGUCUGAAGCUGUUCGUGCCAUGGAGAGACGACCUCGCUGGCGGCUCUCACAACACCGUCUGUGCACAACUCAUCGAGCACAGGUGCCGAAGAAUGGUCAUUGUGUUGUCGCCACAGUACCUGAAAAGUCCAGCCUGCGAUUUUCAAACGAAAUUUGCUCAAGGAUUAGCACCUGGAUCCCGUGGUAAAAGGCUCAUCCCCGUGUUAAUUGAGAACUGUGUGAUCCCAGAACUGCUGCGCCAUAUCACCUGCUGUAAUUACACCAAGAAAGAGGUCCUGGAAUGGUUCUGGAAACGUCUCGUGAACUCUGUAAAGGCUCCAUUAGAGGUGCAAGGGUCAAGGUCAGAAGAGAGUAAUCAGUCGCUCUUGAGGUCUGUGAGCUUAGAUACAUCAGGGAGCUAUUCUGAUUGGUCGUCAUCAACAUCGGCAUUUUCAUCGUCAUCUUCAUCAUCGUCGCUCACCAGUUCCCAGCCUUCUUCCAUAUCACAUGUGCCUUCAUCAAAUCUAUUCAGACCUGUAGGGCCACCAAGUUCAUCGGGAAAUGACUACAGCAGCUCUCCAUACGUUUCACAGAGUAGCAUACCAGAAUACUUUGAGUUCAAUCCAUCCUCGCCACAAAGUCAACGCAAGGCAAACGCGUAUGAAAAGAUGAGUGAAGUCAUGAGACGGACACAACCUGAACAAAAGACCAGUGAAAUGAGAGUCUCUAAAGCAGUUGUCAAAAGUACUAAACCCGAAGGUAAACUACCUAAUGAUGAAUUGUACAUGAAAGCAAAAGAUGUCCCCCCUCUGCCUCCUCCAAGACCGGGUUCAUCAAAAAAGGUUGUGUCACAGGACAAAAAGUCACCUGACAGUUCUGGUGAAUAUUUUUGCUGAGCGAUUAUGUAUGAUUAUGUUACAACAUAGUGUUAAUUUACCCUGAAAUAUUCGCGUGGUAUGCAUUGCUAUUGUGGUUAACAUACUCAAAACAAUAACCUUGUGAAAGGCAAAAAAAUCUUACAGGACAUGAGGCCAAAAACUUUAAUUAUUUUCUUGACCUUUACAGGACCUUUUUUUACUUUAACCAAACCAUAGAAAAUUUAUUUUAUAGAGAUUAUUUUUAUCAUUAUGACAUUAAAAAUUGUUUGCAAUGCUAAAUGCAAUAAUAUAGCCACUAAUUUAAACAUGUUUUAUUUAAACAUAUGGUAAAACUUUCAUUAUUACACAAGGUUUAAUUAAGAUUUGGUGAAACAUAAAAUGUAAUGUCCAUGUACUGAAAUGUCAAAAUCAUUAAGAUUGUGAUUUGAAAGGUUCAAUACAGGAACAGUCACCUUGA